CGCCAUCUUCUCUCUCGUUUCAGAAACCGAGUCCCUGAUGCUCCUCAAACCCGAGUAACUUCUCACCUAAAGAAAACUUCUCUGAAGUUGCCACAAGUCACUUCAACGCCAUCAACUUCACCAGCAAGUCAGGGGAGCAGAAUCCCCUUUAAAAAAAAAAGAAGAAACCGAAUCGCAACUUAUACCUGCAAAGCCAUGGGCAUGACGUGGUACCACAUGGUAGGGGCGUGGGUAUUAGCCUGGGCAGCCCUCGUCGUCGUCUCCCAAAGGUCAUGGGCGGUGUCGUGGUUGGCGCUAGGCCUGAUGGCAGCUCACAUCGCAGACUGGGUAUUGAAAGCCGCGCGGAAUGCCAUGCCCCGAAAAACGAUAGAGGGCAAGAACAAAGCCGUCUUCAUCACAGGAUGCGACAGCGGGUUUGGUAGACUCCUAGCAAUCCAGUUGGAUCAGAUGGGAUUCAAGGUGUACGCCGGAUGCCUCAUGGCCGAGGGCAAGGGCGCCUUGUCCCUGAAGCAGGAGGCGUCUUCGAAGCUGACGGUCGUCAGCCUCGACGUCACCAAGGACGACGAAGUUCGGGCGGCCUACAAGUUCAUCGAGGAUGACCUCGGAGAUAUGGAUCUCUGGGCAGUGGUCAACAACGCGGGCAUCGCCGCCUUCACGGAGAUCGAGUGGUGCCCAAUCGCCGAAUACAGGAGGGUAUACGAGGUCAACUCCUUGGGGCCCAUCAGGGUCACAAAGACCUUCCUGCCUCUGCUGAGGAAGUCCUCUGGGAGGGUGGUGCUCGUUGCUUCUCUGGCAGGUCGAUACACGUUCCCAGGAUUCACCGCCUACAGCAUGAGCAAGCACGCGACGGUUUCCUUCGCCGACGGCCUCCGGCUGGAAAUGCAGAAAUGGGGAAUUACCGUCCAUACGGUGGAGCCAACUUUAUACAGGACUCCCAUCAGCGCCGAGGACACAGUCCACCGCGCACUAGACAAGUACUGGCAGGAGUGCUCGGAGGACGUGAGGAACUCCUACGGCGACGAGUACAUCAAGGACUUCAAGAACACCAUCAGCAACCACUUGAACAGGGCCAAGCCCUCGGAGAAAAUCAAGGAGGUCGUCGACGAUAUGGUAGACGCCGUCGCCGGGGAAGAUCCUAAGACGAGAUAUGUGCCGAGUGUCGCCACUCAAAUCCGAGCCAAAGUUCUUUCCAUUUUGCCUGACAACGUUCGUGACAGUUUUCUGCUCAGUGGACAGCCCAGAACGCCUCCGGCUGAUGUCGUCGGCAAGAAAACUCGAAACCUGCUGGACCCCAGAAACUGCAAAGACAAGCUACCCAUCCUCUCCACCAGCGGGAAGAUGCUGCCGAAGGGCAAACUCAUGAGGGUCUUCUCCAUGCCCAACUGGGAGAAGAAGGACAUCACCCCGUCGCCACAGUCUACCAGCAAAUUCAAGUUCUAAGGACGACCCUCCCCCCACCCCCGUCAGAGAACUUUGUCUGGGGUGUCAGCUGUUUUUUUUUUUUCUUCUUCUUUCUUUCUUUUUUUAAGAAACGUAGUUUUAUAUCGUUUUCUUUUUACAGUUUAAAAAAAAGACAAGUGUUUUGUAUAUUCUUGCGUGAGUUUUUUUCUUUUUUUGCCACAGGAAGAUGUUAUUAUAACAGUAUUAUAUGUAUAUAUAGCGUUAGUCUGUUUUACGGGGUGUAUGUAUACCACGUAUGUUUCCUGUACAGGGAUUUGUAUGGACUGUUGUUUCGUCCUGGGUAUCGUUGAUCAUUUCCUAGUGCCUGUGUAUUAUUGCGGAAUAUUAUCAAUCAUCAGUGACGUUCAAAGCAUUUACGUGUGAUCCAAGAAACCAUAAACUAAUGAAAAUGAAAAAAAAAAAAAACACUAUUUUGCAUUUCUCUUGACUAAAUAUGGCCUUUCCCAGUUUUCUAUCGACACCUAUUUUUCCUUAAUUGUAUUCUUUUUCUAUCUUUCAAGUUCCUAAAUUAAAGUUUUUUAAUUCGAUAUUAUACGGGAAGUUUAGCUGUGUACAUAUUGGUAACCUUUUGUGGUGUAAGUUCGGUACUUAAUACGUUUUUCCUGGUCGAUGAUUUUGGAAAGAGUUUAUCCCGUUAUUUUUUUAAUGAGUGAUUAGUAUUUUGAUGGUGAGCUAUUCCUUUAAGCAACUGUAACUAGUAAAAUUAAUGCGUAACUUUAUAUCGAGACUCAAGACUAGAGAAUCCUUAUAUAAUCAGGGUUGCCAACCGAGCACUUCCAACUCGGCAAUUCGUGAAUCCCUGCAAGAGACUGGAAUACACAGGAAUGCCAAGAGAGCAUUCCAAAUCCAGUCAUAUACCCCAGUCCUCGCAGAAUGAACUGGCAUACACAUGAGCGCCAACAGAGCAUUCCAAAUCCAGCCAUUCCAGUUGUAAUUUCUUCUGUAUGAUUAUCGCAAGCCUGCGUGCUGUGAAGGGGCAGUUGGGAGACGAGGUUGAGUAUCACGCUAGAAGUAGUACAAAUCGAACAAUGAAGUGAUAGCAAUCGGAAGUUUGGAUGCCUUGGGGGAACACGGGAGACCCUUCAUAGCUACAACACUACAACAUUUGCUGAAUAUUUUAAUAUUAAUGUUUUCUUUAAUAAAAAUGCAAGAAUCAACUAAAAAAAGGGGAAAUUGCAACUGAUUAUGUCGUAAAAUAGGUGUAAUUACUAAACUUGGAUGUCUCCAUUUGGCGCUGACGGGCAUUAUACUACAUAUUAUAAUAUAUACAUGAGAGUGAUGACGCAUAGGCUCAUUGUAGGCCUAUGUUGUAUUUUUCUGUUUAUAUCUGACUUGUCCCUCAAUUUACCGAUGUGGGUCCACUUUUCUUAGAGCAGCUUUUUUACAAAAAACAUUAUUCAAGUUCAUUCUGAAAAAAAGGCUUAAAAUAACUAGCCUUGAUUUCAGAAAACCUAAGAAUAAAUAAAUCUUGAUGUCUAUUGAACAGCUAAUCUCGUGUUUCUUAAAUAUAUUUAUUCGCCUCUGCAUAAAACACCCCCCCCCCCCACACACAUUCCUUUGUAAAUAUAUUUUGUGAAAGAAUCUAAUGCACUGUAAUUCACCAUCACCAUUUCUCAUCAUAAUCACAAUUAUAUAUAGGUAUAUAUAUAUAUAUAUAUAUAUAUAUAUAUAUAUAUAUAUAUAUUGUAUACAAAUAUUCAUAUAUAUAGAUGUAUAUAUGUAUAACCGUUUCAUUGAGUUUGGAUCUUAUAAGGGCCUUAACCGUCCCUCUAUUUAGAGAAUGUGUUUUCUGUGAAUAAAGAUAAAAUAUUUAUGUUA